CCAUGAUGACUGCUGGUGAGUUCCCCUUUGCUGGGGCUUCAGCCCCUCUAAACACACCCCAAAAGGUGGAAAAAUGGGGGGAAAAGCACUGUUAAGCCUUGAAAUAUAGGUCCUCCCUGUAACACAACUGUGCCUUGAUUGAAGAGGGCAUUUCCAGGGGCACCCACCCACCAGGGUGCUGAUGCCAGCCCACCUUCUUGCAUCCAGAUCUUCCAGACAUGAAUAAAACUUGGCAGGGUGGUGGGAGGUGCUGGGCACUGCCACUUGCACUGAGUCCUGGGUGGAUAAGCUGUGUCUGGCAUCCAUAGCCUCCACGGACAUGGGGCUGCUGCUGCAAGAUGAUGUUUUUGUUGACUUUUUCAACAUCUUUCUGAACCUUCCUCAGAGCUCCUGAACUGGCAGAGUGCUGACCAGUGGCUGCUGGAGAGGUGCAUCAGCGGGAGCCAGGGCAUGCAGCACUUCUGUGCCUUCCUCCGAGGAACAGCAGGGGAAGAGCUGAUCGACUUCUGGCUCAUCACUGAAAGGCUCCUGGGUCUGGACGAGUCAGAUGGGAGCCAGAGGGAGCUGUUCUUGUCCCUGGUGCACAGGCUGAGAGCCACUCACCUGCGUGAAGGCUCCAGCGUCAUCACCUUCUGCACCACCAUCGUGGGAUCUCUUCCGAAAGCCAAGCACAUCCAGUCCAUCAGCACCAGGAGGGAGAUCCUAAGCGAGAUGCAGGAACAGGUCCUUUUUAUGAUUCAGAGUUACUGGCUCCCUAAAUUCUUCGUGCACUGCAAGAUGGGAAUGGAGGAAGAGGAAUCGUGCUGGCCUUUGCUCCAGGAAUAUCAGGAACGUUUAUCACAGGCUGGCUGGCAGCAGCCCCCAGGCCCUUCAGAGCCCCUCCCCACGAUGCACAUCAAAAGGAGCCAGGGUGUGCCAGGGCCCUACUGCAGCCAGAAGGCCAAAGCAGAGGUCUGGGCUCUGGUCAAGGAGGGCAGAGACACCCAAGAAUUGAAAAUGGCCACUUUUCGGGUGAAAAGUGCCAGGAGCAGGGAGGAAUUGUGUCUGGAUAAAGAUGCUCUGGGAUCGAUUCCCCAGCAGUCACAGCAUCCUGCCUUUGGAGGCAGAGGAGGAGCAGCAUUUCCUGGCAGACCUCGGUCCAGUGCAGAGCAGGAUGUAGAAAACAUCUGUCAGGAGAAAAUCCUCUCUGACCUGCUUCCCUCUGCAUCCCUUGUUCAGCUGCCAUCCCUGAAAAAGCCAGUCAAGACCUUGGAUUUCCUUUCCUGGGCUCUGAGUGCCGAGGCCUGUGCAGGAAGACCCUUCAGAGAUUUCCUGCAGCACCAGAACCGGCCCAUGGAGACUCAUCUCCUGGACCUGUGGCAAGACCUGGAGGAGUUUCUGCCCGUGGUGCUGGACUCCAACAGAGAAAACAACUUCUUCCUGCGCCAUUUGAUUGGGGAAAAGAUCUGCAAGACCUACCUGGAGGACAGCAGCAUUGAGAAGCUCCCCUUGGAGUCCAGAACUCUUGUCAGUUUGUGGAACCAUCUGAUAUGUGGAGAAUUCUCCCCCUGGAUAUUCAGAACCCAGAAAGAGAUUUGCGAGGUGCUCUGUGGCCUCUAUGAGGAAUUUCUAGCUGCUGAUGACAGGACAUUCCUCCAGUUUAUGGCUCCAGGCAUGGAUGUCCCCACAGCCGAGGUGCCGGGCCAUGCUGCUGGCAGAUGGGGACAUUUCCACCUGUCCCAGAGGAUGAACCAGUCCCUGCAGCUGAGCCAGGCCUUGCAAGGCACGAGGAGCUUGGAGGGAGUCUCCUCCAAGCACUGGCAACUGCUUGCUGCUCAGGACCUGCAGAAAGGGGGUUCCAUCCAGGCAGAGAUGGAGCUGCUCCUGGGCAGUGCUGAAUUCCAGAGGAUGAUAGCAGACGAGCUGGCUGUGGGCAGCCCAAGCAAGGAAGAGGAGCUUCUGCAGCUCAUGAGUGCAGCACUCGCUGUUGCAUCUGAGAGGAUUGCUCGGGAGAAUGCUGCUGCUGCUGCUGCAAGGAAGAGGGCAGCUAGAAAACGCAGCUUUGAGGAGGAGGAUGAUGAAGAUGACGAGGAUGAUGAGGAAGACGAGGAUGAGGAAGAGGAGAAAGGACCCUACUAUCAGGAGAAGAAGAAGCAAAAACAGGCAGAGAAGCAGAAAAAGACAGAGAAGCAGAAAAAGACAGAGAAGCAGAAAAAGUCAGAGAAGGAAAAACAGACAGAGAAGCAGAAAAAGACAGAGAAGAAGAAAAAGACAGAGAAACAGAAAAAGACAGAGAAGCAGAAAAAACAGAAGCAGAAGAGGAAGGAACAGCAGCAGCAGGAGGAUUUGUUGCCCUGGAGCAAAAAGCCCAGGUCUAGGCGUCCUCAGCUUGUGAAGGAAGGGCCAGAGGACCUCAAGACACCGAGGAUGGGGUGGGCCUGGGAUGCCAUCCGGGAGCUCGUCAGGAGCUUCUGCAAGUUCCAGAGGGACAUGAAGAAUCACACACGGCGUGCAGAAUUUGAGGAGUUUCUCCGACAGGAGCGAAGAAACAAGAGGGAAAAUUUGCCUGUCAAGGAGAAGAGCAAAAGUCCUGCCAAGAGCCCCCGCAAGGACAAGGGCAAGGGCAAGGGCAAGGGGAAGGGCAAAGGGCAGGUGCAGAAGGUGACGCUGGUCAAACGCCGCAUUUUGGACAAACAGCUCAUCGUCGUCAGCUUCCUCGUCGAUGACCUCCGCUUUUACCUGGAGAUGGACAAGUUUUCCAGGCUGGCUGACUGCCUGGAAGCUACACCACCCUGCAACAUGCAGUCAGAAAAGCACAGUUCCUUUCUCAAGAAGAAACUUGACGUCAUCAGCAAAGUUUUCCUGAACUCUGACGUCCCCCCCAAGCUGCGGGUCAACAUCUCUGAGAAGGAGAGGGAUUUAAUCUGGCGUUCAUCUUCCAAGGGGCCGCUGACCCGGGCCAUCUACCACAACGCCAAGGUCACCCUCUUCCCCAUCCUGAUGUACUUCUGGAGAAGGUUCUGCACCUGGAAGGUGAUGAGGAGCUUUCGGGCCUACCAGCAGGUCAUGAGCUCUAGCACCCAUCAGGAGGAACAGAGCUUUCAGCUCACCAAGGAGGACAGGAGCUCCCGGGUCCAGCAGGAGAGGAGCUCUCAGGAGCCCAAGGGAGGCAGGAGAUCCCAGGUCCAACAGCAGGAGAGGAGCUCUCAGGAGCUCAAGGGGAGCAGGAGAUCCCAGGUCCAACAGCAGGAGAGGAGCUCUCAGGAGCCCAAGGGAGGCAGGAGCUCCCGGGGCCGCAAGGAGGGCAGGGUUCCAGCCUCUUCACCUCCUGCAAAAAGCCCCUCCAAAGCACCCAAGACCCCCGGGCCCACGAAGAUGGUGGCCAUUCCCUCUACUACACAUUAUAGUCCAGGUAAAAAGGCUGUCCUUACCUACACACUGUCAGAAGGCCUCGAGUUCCUGCUGCCACGGCCACCAAAGAAAACUGAGCCUCCAGAGGAGAAAAAAGCUGCAGAUCCCAGUGGGGAGAAGAGGCCCUCACUCAGUGAGCCUGCCCCACAGGCUGGGACCUAAGGGAAGCUCAGCCCUCCCAAAAUAACACCCACACCAACCACCCAAUGAAGCUGAGCAGCCUGGACACCGGGAAUUGUUUGCACUCAGCAAUAAGAAACCUAAAAAUAAAACAACUCACAGCACCCUCCAGCUUACCUGGUGACAGCACAGCAGCUCACAGCUCACAGCCAGGGCAGGGACGUGCUGUGAUCCCUGUUUCCAGCUGAAACACCACACAAAUCUCCUUCCUCACAUGCAUCUGUGACAUGCAGCUCCUCAGCUUCCCACACAAAAGAAAUUCUUCCUGUGGGUAGCAAGGCUGAGAGAGCCCAUUUGGUUCACUUAUUCAGCUGGCUGCUGAGAUGGGGCCUGUUUUGCCAAAGCCUUUCUGAUUUUCCAGCAAAAAUCAGCUCAUGCCUGACUGGGGCUUCAGCAUGUUUUUUUUUUUGGUGAGGUUUUGGUUUUUUGUUGCUUGUUUUUAAGCCAGUGCAUGUUUACAAAGCACUAACAAAAUCAUAGCAAGGGCCUUCAUUUUCCCCAGGUGAAACUGAGUCAAAAUGACUUUGCCAAGUCACCAGGAAGCUGCAGAAACCACAAAUAUUCUUUGGGCCUUGUGAAGAAAAGACCUUUAUCAGUUUGUCAGAAGCAAGCUCUCAGCUUUGUCAUUUUGAGCUAUUUUUAUCCACUUUUUAAUCCCAGAUCCUAGAAGAAUGCAUCCUGGGAAUAACACCAGGUACAUUUUAAGGCAGAGGACAACAUGUUUCAUAUUUAUCAGUUCUGAUUAUCAACACUUUGCCUCUGGAGGAUCAAAAACACCCAAACCCAAGAACAUUUAUUUAACUGAAGGGCCUGGGAAGCUGAUACCAUUCCUACAACACAAAAUGUGACCAACUCUCAGAACUGCUGUUCCGGAAGUUGAUUUUGCCCUGAAAGCUUUCAGCCUCAAAACCUUGCUGUAUUUUUGUGAGCUUUUCACCAACACUCCCGAGCCCAGCUGAGCCCAGGCUCUCUAAAGCUUCACAGAUGUGCCUGAAGCUCAGCACAGCAAAACCAAAGCCUAAGAACAGCCUUCACUCCACUGCUUCUGCGGGUUGCUUUGUGGGUUUGUUUUUCAGAGCAGCAGAUGAGCCACGGGGAGCUGGGAGCAUCCCUGUGCACACAAGCAUGUACAUCCUCAGCAUGCAAGAGCCAGGACAGGGAGCACCUGAUCCCAUCACUGGGCUCAGCCAGCUGUCCUGGGGAGCCCCAGCAGAGCAAAAAGGCAGAGGCACAGCAAAUGCAGGCAGGACAGCAGGGCAAUGAAGCGUGUGGGGUCAAAUCACACCCCUGGGCACCGUUCAUGGGCUGCAAACCUGCCUGAGGCAAAGGCAGCACCUCCC